AUGUCAAAUUUGUUGAAGCUUGAAUUUAUGGAACUUGAUAUCUCCAGGAAAAAUUACUUGUCAUGGGUUCUCGAUGCUGAGAUUUACCUAGCUGCUAAUGGUCUUAGUGAUACUAUUACCCCGAAUAAUACAAUGUUGAGUCAGGCCAAGGCUAUGAUUUUCCUUCGUCAUCAUCUAGAUGAAGGACUGAAGGUUGAAUACCUUACAAAGAAAGAUCCACUUAAAUUGUGGACUAACUUGAAGAGAAGGUAUGGCCACCUAAAGGCCACGGUAUUGCCUAGAGCUCAUUAUGAGUGGAUGCACUUAUGGUUUCAAGACAUUAAACUUAUUGUUGAAUAUAAUUCUGUUGUAUUCAAGAUUGUUUCCCAAUUGAAAUUAUGUAGGAAAACUAUAAAUGAUGAGGACAUGAUAGAAAAAACACUUACUAAUUUUCAUACCUCAAAUGUGAUAUCGCAGCAACAAUACCAUGAAAAGGGCUUUCAGAAGUCUACUAAAUUGAUCUCAUGCCUUCUGGUGGCUGAGAAACACAAUGCCCUUUUGAUGAAAAAUCAUAAAGUUUACCCCACUAGAGCUGCUCUACUACCAGAAGUAAAUGGGUACAAGCACAUGGCCAGCCUAAAAGAUGGCAAGAUCGGGGUCAUAAUAAUAUGCGUGGAUGUGGAAAUGGCAGGGGCGAUAUAA